UUUGACGAAGAUUUUAAAGAAAAUCUCAAAUAUUUCUAGAAAACUACAUAGUCUUAGUAUUUAUGUGCUAAAUAAUAUAUAAAAGGCUUAGAAAAAUUAUAAAUUAUACAAUUAUACAAUAAAACGUUUAAGUGAUUAUUUGGACAAAGAUGUCGAGUUUUUACAGAUUUUUCGUUCUUCUCCUGUCUGCUCUGGUUAUGUUUUCGCUAUUUAACCAAGCAUCAGCCGCGCCAGCCCCUGAUUACGGAUCCAACCAUGCAGGACCCAAACAAAUUGGAAGCAGCCAUUUAGGACCUGAACAACAACAAACUGGAAUUAGCCAUUUAGGACCUCGACAACAAGAACCUGAAAGUAGCCAUUUAGGACCUCGACAACAAACUGGAACUAGCCAUUUGGGACCCGGAAGCAAUUCCGGAUACUCUGGACCAGUUGGAAUUUCCAAUUACGGACGUUAAUUUUGUUUUGCUAGUGAAUUUUUAAUAAAACAACUUGAUAUUUAAUAAAUGACUUCUAGUUUGUGAAUAAUAAUUUAGAUUUAAUAAGUAAAUUAUAAUCAACCCCAGUAUGGUGGUGGUGGUGGUGGUGGAGGAGGUCCAAAGAAGUGAGGUGGGCCUGGAGGAGGAGGGGGUGGUGGAGGUCCAUAAUGUCCAUAUCCACCCCAUCUACUUGGCGAUCCAAAAAAGAAUUGUGGAGAUGGAGCUGCAGCAACCCAUGAUGUGACUACCAGUAAGGUGGAAAUCGUGAUUAUCUAAAAAAAACUGACCUCCAUAAGUCUAUGGCUGACUUGUUGCUGCCUGAUUCUAUGUUGCAACAGUCACCCAGUUGCCGAAGAUACAAGAUCGGCGCCUGAAGCAAAAUUUUUGGGACUCGGCGCUGGAGGUUUGUUUGGAGGCCUAUUUUCUGAAGUGGACGUUAGUGGAACGUAAGUAAUAAUUAUGUAAUAAUAUGCUUUACUUUUCAAGUCAACUCUAUAUUUUCAACAAUUAUGACAAAAUGAUAACACUCCAAACUCUACCUUUACCAGUUGGUAAAGGGAAAAGGUACAAAAAUACCGGAUGCUGAAGACAUUACAGUCGUUCCUCGUAAAUCUUCAUUAUAAAUUCAUUUUCUGAACUGGCUUAAUUUUGCGUUUAGAUCUUCUAAAAGUCAUGGUGUUUUGUAGAAUAAAUGAAUUCUGAUCUUGUGUCUCCCUUUCCUCAGUAACAUCAUCCUUUUUUUUAUUGUUAGAUUCUUCUUGUAUAGUAUUGCUAGUAUUCUGAAUGUCUUCAUCAGAUUCUUCUUGUAGAGUAGUACUAGUGGUUUGAAUUUCUUCAUCUAUUACUUCUUGUAUGGUCGAGUGAAUAUU